AUGACUGAAGUCAAGACUUCGAAGAACUGGCGUUCCGGCCUCAGUGUUGCUGAAUGUAACAGAUAUAUGCUUAAAAAUGAGAUCCAUAGUGAUGUCACAUUUUUAGUGGGAAAAGAAGAAAAGCUUGUUCGCGCUCAUAAAUAUGUUCUAGCGAGCAGAAGUCCCGUGCUUGACGCCAUGUUUUAUGGAGACCUGGCGGAAGCUAAGAAAAUAAAAAUUCCUGACAUUGAACCCCCCUCAUUUGAUGUUCUCCUGAGAUUUUUGUACUGUGGUGAUAUUGCUCUAAAUCAAGACACCGUCAUCGGAGUAUUGUAUGCUGCUGAUAAAUACGAUGUCGAUGAAUUGAAGAAAGCAACACAAUUAUUUUUGUAUUGGGGAGAUGUUGAGGUGAAUAACGAUACUGUAAUCGGAGCCUUGUACGCUGCUGAAAAAUACAACCUUGAGACGUUUAAAAAAGCUACGGAAUCAUACUUAGACAAGAACAUUACAAAUGAAACUGUUUUCUCAGUUUUUGCAAAUGCAAAGUUAUUUGGCUUGGAAGCUUUGUCUAAAAAAUGCAUAGAAUUUAUGAAUGAGAAAGGCGCAUACGUGUUUCAAUCACCAUUUGCCUUAGAGAUAAGUAAGGACACCUUAAAGGAAAUUUUAUCCUCAGACAACCUAGAUAUUGAGGAGUUGAAAAUUUAUCAUUUUCUGAUAAGUUGGGGUGAAGGUCAGUGUGAGGUCAAAGGUCAUGAGAAGUCGGAUGAAAAUAUUAGAAAUCAGAUAGGAGACGCAGUGUAUCGAGUCCGUUUUCAGUUCAUGGAUCUAGAUAUGUUUGUUAAAAACGUUUGCAGACGCAACAUACUUACCUCGGAAGACAAAUUAAUUUUGCAGCAAGUGAUUGUUGGUAACCUGGAGAAAGAGAGCACAAAAUUUAAUUUUGGAAAGCGGAAACCUACCUUGAAGGUUUGUAAUGUUUUACGUAGUGGUAGCCAUCUUGAAAGUUGGAGGUACUUCGAUCAUAAGAGGCGUAGACAGGAUCAUCGUACAGUCCCUUAUUGGAAGCAUCAUUAA